UCGGAGGGCGUGCACACCCACUGCUCGGGCGGGCCCCUAAGCGACCAGGCAAGCGAGCAAGCAAGCAAGCAAGCAAGCGAAAGCCUUGAGCUUUUUUGGACAGCCGAUCUGGAUCCGGGGCCGGCCUCCCCGUCCAGCUUGCUUGGCGAGGCCCGCUCGCCUUUUUCUCCAUGCAAUGCACCGCCUCCCUUAGCGCGAUGCAGCGGGCCGGAGGAGGAGCGGCGGCGGCGGCCGCGGAGCCCGGAGGCGGCGGAGGCGGCGAAGCGGUUGCAGCGGCAGCGGCCUCGUACCGGGUGCUGAGCCGCUUGCUGGGCUACGGCGGGGCCGAGUCAGCCGCAGCCGGGUUGGCGCUCGGCGGAGCCGUCGGGGAAAGCUCCGCUGCCGUCGCCGGUGAUCGUGGAAGGGCAGGCGGGCUCCGAGGCUCGCAGCUCCUGGUCUUCCGCCCCGGCGAAGCGGGAGAGCCGUCGGGGGUUUCCCCAUCCGCCUGCUUGCCCACGCCUUCGAUGCCUCGACAGCCCUCGGAGCUGCUGUGCGCCAGGCACAGGUGCGCUCUCCUGGACGCGCCGAAAGGCGAGCCUGGAGGGAGACGAUGCUGGAGCGGGGCGGCUGGCGGCCUUCUCUUCCCCCCGGGAGCCGGCCUGGAGUUGCAGCUGGCCGCCUUGGGGCUACACCAGGCUCCCCCGACGGCCCCGGGAGGGCCGGGCAAGCCUCCCGGAGAUUGCCCGUGCCUGAGCCUCUUGCCUCCGCCGCCUCUGGCCCCGCCGCCCACGAUGCCCUUGUUGCCCCCGGGGGAAGAGACCAGCGACGCUCUGCUCGUGUUAGAAGCUCUCGGCCCCGACGAGGAAGACGAAGAGGAGGUGGAAGCGGCUGUCGGGCAGGCAGAUUCCUCCAGCCCGGUCGUCGCGGCGGGUAGCCGCUUUCAAGCACCCGCUGCUGCAACCACCACUACUACCCCGGUUUCUGCUCCUCCACCACCUCCGGCAGGCCCGGUGCCCGCCGUCGGAGUCAACCGCCCGAACUCCUCCUCCGCCCCCUCGAGGAAAGGCUCCUUGAAGAUUCGCCUGAGUCGCCUUUUCCGCACCAAAAGCUGCAGCGGAGCGUCGUGCAACCCAACAACCCCCGCUGGUGCACGUCGGGCCGGGGAGAGGGAGCUGCUGCAAGCCGCUGCCCCACGAGCCACCUCCGGCACGGCAGGGAGCCUCCCCGAUGUGUCCCACCCUGGGUGUCGGGAGCAAGAGUCGGGCAGAAAACAGAGAUUGAUGCGAACGCAAAGUGCCUUUUCUCCAGUUGCUUUCGGUCCCCUCUUCACGGGUGAGACAGUGUCUUUGGUUGAUGUCGACAUCUCCCAGCGCGGUCUGACGUCCCCACACCCUCCGACACCGCCACCUCCCCCACGGCGAAGCCUCAGCCUUUUGGACGAUAUCAGUGGGACACUGCCUACAUCUGUCUUAGUGGGUCCGAUGGGGUCUUCGUCCCUCCAGUCUUUUCCUCUGCCUCCGCCGCCUCCGCCGCACGCCCCGGAUGCGUUUCCCCGGAUCAUCCCGAUCAGAGCACCAGAAGCGGUACACAGCCAACCUGCACAGCACCUCCAGUGCCCUCUCUACCGGCCUGACUCGAGCAGUUUUGCAGCUAGUUUGCGAGAGCUAGAAAAAUGUGGUUGGUACUGGGGACCAAUGAACUGGGAAGAUGCUGAAAUGAAGUUGAAAGGGAAACCUGACGGGUCCUUCUUGGUUCGUGACAGCUCCGAUCCUCGGUACAUCCUGAGCCUCAGCUUUCGAUCACAGGGUAUAACCCACCACACCAGAAUGGAGCAUUAUAGAGGGACCUUCAGCCUUUGGUGCCACCCCAAGUUUGAAGACCGCUGCCAGUCCGUAGUGGAGUUCAUCAAGCGUGCCAUCAUGCACUCGAAAAAUGGGAAGUUCCUUUAUUUCCUGCGAUCCAGGGUUCCAGGUCUCCCUCCGACCCCUGUCCAGCUCCUCUAUCCCGUCUCUAGGUUCAGCAACGUUAAAUCGCUACAGCACCUUUGCCGCUUCCGGAUAAGGCAGCUGGUCCGCAUCGAUCACAUUCCAGAACUACCGCUCCCCAAGCCUCUGAUCUCGUACAUCCGCAAAUUCUACUACUACGACCCCCAGGAGGAGGUGUAUCUCUCCCUGAAGGAAGCUCAGCUUGUUUCCAAACAGAAGCAAGAGGCAGAGUCUUCAACGUAGCGAGGGCCCCCCCUCCCUCCUUGCUGCUGUCACCAAUGGAAUUCGGUCACCAGUAUCCUGUCGCUGUGGAAGCUGCGUUGGAGACGACUCCCGGCGUUUGCUUUCUGGCUGUUUCUUGGCCUCCAAAGAGGACCCAGGGCUUGAAAAGAAAGCACAGCUGUGCGCAGAGAAACAGGAGCCAUGGCCCCCAUCUGGUUCCAUAACGAUAUUUUGGAAUCUGCCGAAAACUGGACUACAAGCUCCUGGAAACAUGGAGAAUGUCAUGAUAUUUUUCUUCUUAAAUUUAUAUUUUUUGGUGCUUCCCUCCCCCUCCCUCCCCUUUCUUCCAGCAUGGGAAAUAGUGAGCCGAUUUUUACAUUUUGUUGACCUGUCUGGCAUUUUGGGGCUGGGGGUGAGCUUUUGGGGGCUGGGGUUGAAGGUGCCGCAGACUCUUGAGACUUAGCGAGCAAGAAAACAAACAAACCCCUGUGUUUCCCUGUCAAAUUGUCCUUGUGGGAGAACACUGCUUUUACGAGCAGGGCCUGAGCCCAAGGUAUACCCUUGAUAUAUAUAUCAAGCUGUUGUGUUGGGGAUGUAAGGCCAAAGGCAGAGGGGAGCAGAGAGAGGGGGUGGGGAGGGCAGCGAAUGAUGAGCUGUGCUGUGGCUUCCUGCUCCAUAAGGAAGGCUGGGAUGGAGGAGCAAUCAGCCUGUUCAAACAAUGGAAAACCACCAUGGCAUUUUAAGGCGUGUUGGCUGGCCCUGGCCAGCUGGGCCAAAACGCUGUUGCCUUCUUUCAGAUGAAAAUGGGAUGCGGAUAGCAUUGUGAAGCUUCCCCCCCCCCCCCCCACUGGAAGUGCUGUUAGCUGUCUGUCUCUACCUUUUCCCUCCCGCCGCCGCCAUUAACACGGGAGCUCCAAGCUACUGUGGUUUAUUUCCUUAUAUCAGGUGGAAGUAAGAUGCAAACUUGGGCACCUGGAGCCAGUCUCGGAGCUGCCCAUCUCAAGCUGUCGCUCCGAAGAUGACCUGCUGGAUAAGUCAGACUUGGCCAAAGGAAAUGCAUCCUUGGAGCUUCUUAAUGUGCAGAAGGGAAAUCUUCGAAGCACCUUAGCCCCAGGCCCCGCUGUGCAAGUGGGAAGGAGAGAACAAAAGUCUGGAGUGAGCUUUCCAUAGUUUCCCGUCCAAGGAAGACCCCCAUUUGUGUAGGACGGAUAUUCUCAUCUUCUAACCCUGGUGGGAAACUUGCUAAAUACAGAGAAAUAUUGUGUGUUGUCUUAAUGGUUCACCCCACAACAGCAAGGAGUGGGUUUGGUUUUAUUUAUUUUGCCAUAGCAAACUAGCUCACACCUGUUCAGAAGCGAUUUUGACAUCCCAAAGGUGCAUUUUCUUUGUGGGUUUGAUAAAUCCUCUUUCCAUGUCCAGCUAAAGGUACUUGACAUAAUUUCUUGGUGAUUUUUUUUAAAAAGCUGUGAUACCUUAAUUUAUUAUUAUUAUUAUGUUGUAAAGCUUGCUCCAUAUUCUGUGAAAAAAAAGAGUUUUACCUAGGCUCCAACCUUCACUUCCGGAAGUCUACACACUACACACUGGAGAUAGCAUAUUUCAUAGUCAUUGAGACUUUGGAAUAUACUUAAGAAGAACUAGGGGAUGGGUAGUUGAUUGUCUUCUAAAAGCUGAACCAUGAAAAGAUCGCCUCUGUUAAAAACAAAAACCCAGGGGCUUCUAAGGAAAGUGGAUCUCUCUUCUUUCCAUUCACACUUGGUGCGUUUUGAGGUGGGCUCCAAAAUUUAGUUCCUCACAACUUCUUGUGCAGGAGCUCCCAAAACAAAUACGCACCCCUGGAUCUCGUUCUCCCGCUUUGUUCUUCAACUGGCUCUUGAUUGACUACCUGGGCACCCAUGUUUGCUCUGUCCCCAAAGAAGAAUCUCUGUCGCCCAUCUUUGCACGUUUGCAAACUAAGGGAACUGGAGAUGCAUUGAGUGGCGGAACCGGUGCUCUUCCCUGGAGGUCUGUCGUCUUGCAACACACGGUUCCUACGGCAGCCGAGUCAACUUUGUGUAGACGUGAGCCAAUGAAGGUGUUGGGUGUGCCCUACAAUGGGAGAUGGGAAAGCUAUAAGAUAACUUCUGGGAACUCUUUCCAUUAACUUGUUCCUGAUAACACUGGGGAGAGGUGAGAAGAAGGACCUCGCCCUCUGCUGCAAUACAUGUGGCUGUGUUGCUUUUGGAGCUGUGCCAUUAUUUAUGGCAGCGAAUAAUGCAAUGCUGGGGGGGGGGGAAAGCUUGCUGAUGUGCAACUACUGAACACUUUCCAUGCCAGGAAUGAUCAUAAAUGAACGAGGACCCUCCUGCGUGUGCAUUUGGAUAUAGAAUGAUGCACUGGAAAGACAAUCCAUUUUGUUCUAAUGUUCUUGGAGAGCUUGUGUGUGUGCGUGUUGCUGCAAAAGAGGACUUUAAAAAGGUGCUGGAAUUAAGUUGCAUCUGCCAAAAGGAGAUAGAAGAUUCUGCUCCUACCUGCAAAAGCAUGCCGUCGCUGCCUCUCUAGUGAAUAGUGCAACGGCCUGGGGCGGCAUUGUAGGCUGUCUACAUUUUUCGUGGUUUCCCAGCUCAUCGUAUCUGCUCUCCUCAAUUGAAAUGGCACUCAUCCUGAUCCUUGGUGGACUUGGGAGAGUUUUCCCCUCUCUGUCUGUCUGUCUCUCUCUCUCUCCCUGCCCCAACACCCUGCCUUGUUUCCCACCACCCCCUUGAAAAAUGUUUGGUUCAAGGAAGAAGAGACCAAAAGGUCUCACAAACCUGCCGCCUCCAAUGGUGCUGGGGGGAAACGUUUCUUAAAAUCCCGUUCAAACACGCACAAACCGUAACCCAGUGCCGGAAGCCUGGCAUCUCCUGGGAGCCUCCCGCCAUUUUGUGGAACUUGGAACACCUCUAGAACUCUGUUGACUGACUGCUUAAAAAAUAGCAAAGGCCAAUCACGUGUAAAUAACUAGCAGGGAGUCCUGUGGCUUCCCUUGGCCGCUGUUGCGUCCACCCUUAGCCCACUGCUGUAAUGGAUUUCCUGUGAAAGGAACCUCUUUUUUUUAAUCUCUCUUCCCCUCCUCCACCCAUUUGAUUUAAAUUCUUCCCUUGUUUGGGGCUGCUUUUGAUGAGUUUUCUAUUUUGGGGAAAUGUGUGAGUCGUCGUGGAUGAGUGUCGGGCAGCGAGAGUUAAAUUCUGCACUGUAGCUUUCUGUCGUCUGUGCUCCUGGCUGAAUGGCUGCUUUGGUGUGUUUCAGACGGAGCGUCUCAUUUCCCCGUUCCUUUGUAAUGCCAGAAGGGGUAUGCGUGGGAUGAAAAAACCGUUGCACUCCGGAACAAACUCGAGUGUGUUUUUGGCUUUGCUCUCUGUCUUAGAAUCAUUUGCUCCUUUAGAAAAAUAUAUAUAUAUUUAUUUUUAUUUAUUUGUUGUGUUCAGGUUGGAGCUGGGAGUUCCUUGGCGUAUCGCCUCCAUGUGUGAGGCAGCCUUUGGACAACCUUGGUGCCAUCCACAUGUUUUAGACUACAACUCCCAUUAGUGACAGCUGCGGCUGAUGGGACUUGUAGUCCAGGGUGUCUGGAGGGGGGGGCACCAGGUUGGUGCAGGCUGCUAUAAGGUCUACAUUAUAUUUCUUACUUCAGUUAAUUCACAGCUUCUUCCUCCCAGCAUGUGGAACUAGGAAGUACACUGUGGGUACUUUUCUCACCCUUCUGGUCAGCGAUGCCUCUUGAUAAAAAUUAGAAUUUGGAGUGUGUUGGUUGGGGCAGGCAGGCUUAUCAACCAGCGCUUACUUUGGCUGUGUGGACAAACAAUAUGCCCGUAGCUUUUGAUGUUAGUCAUGGUUGGGGGAACCUCCUUAAACAGAGGACCACGUUCCCUUCUGGGCAACCCUGUGAGGGCCACAUUUCAGCGGGGGGGGGGCAGAGACAAUAAAAAAUUUAAAUUUCAGCUUUGAGCACUAGGCUGGUUUUCUACACAUACUCAAGCUUCCCCUCUCUACCCUCCAUUCAGACAAACGAGGCAUCAAGGGCACAAUCCAGUCCGAUGCUUGGGCUGUGAAGCCGGUCCAGUGAGAGGCUGUGGACUUGGGAAUCUGGAGGGCCAGGUGGAGAGGGCAGGAUUCAUCCAUCCCUGGUAUGUCCUCAGUACAUUUGCACCUUGGAUCUCAAACGCCUUUGGCUCCCGAACAAAUCGGCUGCUGAAUUCCGCAAAGCCGGAAGUGAGUGUUCCGGUUUUCGGAAGCCGAACGCCCAGCAUGGCUUCCGAUUGACUGCAGGAGCUUCCUGCAGCCAAUUGGAAGCUCCCGCCUUGGUUUCAUAACGUUUUGGAAGUCAAACGGGACUGUACAUCCAAAAUGCAAUGGAUUAAAAAUGUUACCCACUCUCCCCCUGCUGUUUAUUUAUUAUUUUUUUACUGUUGCAUAAGCGCUACUCUGGCCCACAAAGAAACCAAGUCUAGAUGCCUUUAAUAAUAAUAAUAAUAAUAAUAAUAAUAAUAAUAAUAAUAAUAAUGCUUUGGUUCUUCAAGUUUUAGGGUUUCACAGAUUUCUGCAU